AUGUUUCCUGAUGUUUGCUCAACUUUAUUAGGAUGGGAUGAGUAUCCCUUAGAAUUAGGGACAGUUUACCAAGAAACCUUUCCCAGUUUUGACCUAGAUAAUUCAGUCUUUCAAUUUUCAUCUUAUCAACCUUAUAAAGAUUAUGAUCAAGUCAAAAGAAGUGAAUCAUCAGUAUCACCUCAAGGUAAUACAAUUGUAACAGAUGAUAUUGAUCAUGAUCCCCAAUUAGCUAGGAAACUGAGCCAUAAUGCAAGUGAAAGAGUUAGAAGGAAAAAGAUUAGCAACUUGUAUUCUUCUCUGCGUCAAUUGCUUCCAGCUACUUAUCGAAAGGAAAAACUAAGCAUUCCAAGGACAGUUGUAAAGGCCGUUGAGUACAUACCAAAAUUAGAAAAAGAAGUGAAAGAGCUAAUUAGAAAAAAGGAACAAGUUUCAUCAAAACUUACAAAACUAGUAGGAAAUGCAAGUGACUCUAAGAAAUCCAAAUUAGAGGUUAAAAAACACAUAGUUAAAGAGACAAUGUCAUCUUCCAUUUCUACACACCAAGUGGGUGAUAAAGAAAUGGUGAUCCAAAUAUCAUCUUUAUUAGAGAAAAUAUCAUUUUCUGAGAUGAACAGUUGA